AGUGCUGCUGAGGAGAAACCGGGAGCGGCUCGGCUGGUGGGAAAGGCACUGUUUGAACCAGGCGUCCGAGUUGGAGGAGGACCCCGAUUUGCUUUCAGUUAGCGAUGUGGAACGAAGAUACACCAGAGGUGCAAGGCCUGACAAUGGCACUGAAUGAGCACAGUCUUCAAGCCUCCUUCCUAUAAAUAAUAGGACCAAACAAGGCGGUGUGAUGAACAUGCCACUGCAUCAAAUCUCUGUCAUUCCAGCUCAGGAUGUUACCUCUUCUAGAGUCUCCAGGAGCAAGACCAAAGAAAAAGAGGAACAGAAUGAGAAGGCUUUGGGGCAUUCCGUGAGCCGCUCUAGUAACAUUUCAAAGGCUGGAAGUCCAACCUCUAUUUCUGCCCCUCACAGUUUCUCUCGGACUUCUGUUACACCAUCCAACCAGGACAUCUGCAGUUCCAGUGCAGUGUUUUCUGAGUGUUGUCAUCACAGUCCAGUGCAGUCUGCUGUUGUCUUGAAAAAUCCUCACUGCCAGAGCCCUCUGACACAAGGGGUCACUGUGACAGUAAUCUGUCAGGACAAGUUGCAUGCAGCAAAGAGAAACUCCUGUGGGCAGGAUCGGGGCCAGGCACUCAGGUCUGCUAAGAAUGUAAAGCCCACCCGCACUCUGAAAUUCUCCAAGUCUCUCAAUGACGUGGACCAGAAGGCGCAGAGCACCAGUGAGUGCUUUGACUAUGUGGAGCGAACAUGCUCAGAAGGCAAAUUGACCCCGACUCAAGAGCAGUGUUUAAAGAUUAACAAAUUUCAUCUUUACGAGAGGAAACCACUGAAUCUCAGGCCUCUUUCUUUUACCAAUUCUAAGCACUCCUAUAUCCCUUCCCUUUCCAACUACUCGAGUGCAUCAGGAGGAGCAGAGAACGACAGCGCUGUACAUAUCCCCUUGCUGGAGGACAAAGUGGACCAUGACACCUCAAGGAGCAAAAAACUGUUGCGUUACCUUUUUUCCUUCUCCCACACCUCCAGCACCAGCAGCCUGCAUAAGUUCCACGAACUGGAGAACUAUUCCAGUCACUUCCAAGCUGACAAAUCCUCCAGCGUGCUGGUGGAAAGCACAGACUUCUGCUCUGAUGAUAUGGGAGAUGAUGACGUCUUUGAGGACAGCACCUCAGUAAAAUUGAAAACAAAAGAGCAGCGGGCGCCCCUCUGUUCAUUUGAGAAGGACAGUGACCUUGACUGCCCUUCCCCCCUCUCAGAAAAAUUCCCCCCUCUAUCCCCUGUGUCCGCAUCGGGGGAUACCUGCAGGAUAUGUCACUGUGAAGGAGAUGAUGAGAGCCCUUUGAUUACACCCUGUCACUGCACAGGAAGUCUUCAUUUUGUGCACCAAGCCUGCCUGCAGCAAUGGAUCAAGAGCUCAGAUACACGAUGCUGUGAACUGUGCAAGUAUGAGUUCAUCAUGGAGACAAAACUGAAGCCUUUGCGAAAGUGGGAGAAGCUGCAGAUGACAGCCAGUGAGAGGAGGAAGAUCAUGUGCUCUGUAACAUUCCAUGUCAUUGCCAUCACCUGUGUUGUGUGGUCUCUCUACGUCCUGAUAGAUAGGACUGCUGAAGAGAUUAAACAGGGACAGACUACUGGGAUUCUAGAGUGGCCAUUUUGGACUAAGCUGGUGGUUGUGGCUAUUGGUUUCACUGGAGGACUUCUUUUCAUGUAUGUACAAUGCAAAGUGUACGUACAGCUAUGGAAGAGACUUAAAGCUUAUAACCGAGUAAUAUAUGUACAAAACUGUCCAGAAACUAGCAAAAAGAAUAUUUUUGAAAAACCUGCACUAAUGGAGCCAAACUUCGAAAGUAAAGAAAUGCUUGGGGUUCACCAUUCAGACACAAACUCUUCACAUUACACAGAGCCAGAAGACUGUGCUGCAGAAAUCCUUCACGUCUGAUUGCUGGGUGGGAGGGGUGUUUCUGUAUGUUCUUGAAGGUUUAAAAUACCAUUGUUUACUGCAAACUGCUCUACCUUUUUAAAAUCAGCUAACAGCUGAGAGCUGGUGGAUGAGUUUUUUUUACAUUUGUUUUUUGUUGGAAUAUUUUUAAAUCCCUUUGGCAUAUCUGUCAAUGUGAUCAUAGUUGCAUACCUCUCAACAUUUUGUCUCUCAUACUGGCAUAUCAGAGCCACAGGAUACUGGGUAGAAUGAACGUUGGGUUGAUAUCAAGCAAGUCACUAGUGAACUGUCUUCAACUUCAUGGAGUUUGUUACUUUAGAAGAUGACUCUAAAUGAUUCUGGAAUAUGUGUAGAGUGGGGUUUGUUUGUUUAUUAUUCUUUAAGCAAGAUGAAGGAGGUUGUCCCAGACACUGAGGGAAAUGAGAGAACUAGAGUGUAAUCUACUGCUAACACUGCCACUAACAUUUUGUCUUAGGCAGCAGGUGUAAAAUUUUGCUUUACAUAUUGUGACGAGACUUACAAAGCAUAUAGCACUUUUAAAAUCUUUAUUUUGUAAUAUGUAUGUCAAAUGAGAAUGAAACUUGAACGAAUGUGUCAUUUUUGAAACAUUUCUUCAUUCUUUACCCCAUGUUUUCUUCUGGAAAGUAAACUUCUUGCCUUACACAAAAGAAAGGAAAAUUAAAAAAAAAUCCAACCUGUGAUUUCCAGCACAUGCCCACAUAAUCUUACUAAACAUAACACUAAAAACUCUGCCUCUUUGGGUUUCCUUUGAGAAGCAAUUUUUAUCAAAGGAUAUUGCACUUGUGUAUGGGGAGUAGUGGAUGUGUACAGCAUUUGUUUUCAAUGUGUAACGGUUUCAAUGCUCUGUUUUGGGAAUUGGUUUUGUUUUUUUUUUUUUUCCAGCAAGUCAGAUCAUCAACACACCUGCACAUAUAUACCCGAUGUAACUUUCAUUCCAAACCAUUGGCAAAGGGUUUGUUGCUACGUUGGUAAAAAUGUGAGCUGUUACAGAAAAAAAAGAUAGUCAAUACAGCUGAGAUCAGUUUUCCCUCUUCCGUGCUGUGUCAUGUGUGAAUUACACAAGAAUUUGAUAUUGUCAGAGAUGUUGAGAUCAAAGUCUAGGAAGUAAAUACUGCAUCAAGUGGAUGAGUUUAAAAAUGCCUGCCUGGUUUUAGUCCUGAUGUAAUGCAGUACAUGGCCAGAGAAUAGUUUUGUCUGUGCUUUUGAAUUUGGAACUGGCUUUUUAAUCAAGUCAGCCUUAAUGAAAAGAGAGGGACAGCUUUAAAAUCUGUUUGCCGGGCUUUAGACAGAGUUGCCUGAAGCCUGGGGUGUCUGCUGCUAAUUUGCUUGACCAGUCUGCUUCAGUGAACCACCAUCCAGCCUCAAGCCCUCAUUCAACUGAAGUCUCAGCGUGACUAGAGCAAAAACAAAGCCCCAUGAAAAAUCAGCACAUGAAGCUGACUUUCCCUACCUGAGCCACAUAUAAAUUUCUGUAAAGUCAAUGAUAAUCUUCUGGUUGGUCUUAGUAGGAACUGCCUGGGCUUAGUUAGGUAAAAGCUUUUGUUUACUUGAGACACUGAAUUAAAUCCUCAGCUCUUGUUCAGGUUUUACUUAGUCUUUUUCAAUUACAGCUUUCAUUGGGCAAGUUAUUUACAUAAUAAAAGUAGUUGUUUUAAGACUUUCCCAAGAAUAACAGUGAGAGAUUGGGGUUUUUUUUCCUUAAAAUGGAAUAUUAAUUUAUUUCUAAAUUACUAUGUUAAAGGAAGGCAGAGAAGGGACUAUGGUAAGAGAACACACACCAGUGGUUUCUAAGAACUGAUACAGGAAAAGCGUGCUUCUGCAUGAUCUUGUGCUUGAAGCUUACUGCCUGUGAUCAUCAUGAACAACAUGGUACCUUGUUCUAGAGAUAUUUGUAAAUACCAAGACCUUUAGGCAGUCCUAUCAAAAGCUGCAGUGGCAUGGGUUUGUGUACUCUGGUGGGUGUCAGGAUGUCCCAUGCUGAUGUGAUACAGGCAGACAAACCCUGCAUACCCUGCUAAAGUUGGGACAGCAGUCUUCAUGAUCAUGCACAUGUAGAAUUUGUUGCCUAUGCCUACCGUAAUUUAAAGUGCAAUUACUCAGGCCCUUUCCUGAACUCUGCUGUAGGUCAUUCUCUUCUAUUACGAGAACCCAGAUAAUACACUGUCUUGUUUUGUUUUCUAUUUUGUUCUGUGAAAAGAUUUACUAGAUAAACUCAGGUGGUUAAAUAUCAGGUCUUGCACACCUUCCUUGUGUUCUUUUGAAAUGCCUGAGUGCACAAGGCUUACCUGUCUGCAAGAUGUUCACUUUACAACUGCAAGAUGCAAAGAAUCAUCUAGCAAGUGAUGCUGCGUGCAUUUUCAUCCAAUCUGUGGCCAGUAGGUGAUAUGAAAGUGGACGAGUUCUGGUAUGAAACCUGUUUUCCAGCUCACACCUAAGAGGCACUGAUACCUGACCGAUGUUCUGACAAGUGGCAAUAAGGCAUAUUGUAACACGCUGGUCCUUUUUCCAUCACUAUCAUAUGUGAUCCCUGGUGAAACAUUGUGAAAUAUCAUUUUGUGUUUUGGAAGCUCCAUGUGGCACAUGCCAGGUAGUGUUCAGUGUAUUCAGGAUACGGAAGGUUUUGCUGUGCCCCUGUGUAUCUUGGGAAGAAAAAUCAUCUCUGGCAAAAUCAUCUGGAGGAAAAUAUUUGCAAAUGAAACUGUUGCUGCUUACCAUUUUGUCUCCCUACAGGUCUUUCCUGAACAAAAAUAAAAGCCUAAUGUUUAAA